AUGGCCGGCAACUUGAGCAGCGCCCCGGCGCACGCCCAAUCCUCUCUUCCCUCGCUCCCCGCACAUCUCCAGUCCGACACCCAUCUGACAGCCCACCUGGCUAGUCGGUUCCACGUUGGUUUACCGACAGCCAAUCUCUCGUCCCAGGCAUUGAUCGCUCUAAAUACAUACACCUCGGCUACCAAGGGUCCUGAUGGCACGAAAGAAGGAAGCGCGGCUGGAGAAGCAGAGGAUCUGGCGCGUCGGGCCUUCACUCGUUUGGGAGCGCGUGGAGAGAAUCAAGCAGUGGUGUUUUUAGGUGAGAGUGGUUCGGGAAAAACCACGCUUCGCUCACACUUGCUAUCUUCCUUCCUGUCAUUUUCGUCAACUCCACUCUCCUCGAAACUAUCUUAUGCAGCGUUUGUUUUUGACACAUUGACAACGACCAAAUCCGUGACGACCCCGACAGCUUCCAAGGCUGGUCUCUUUCUCGAACUGCAAUAUGAUGGCGCAUCUUCGGUCAAUCCGACUCUGAUUGGCGGUAAAAUGAUCGACUACCGAUUGGAACGGAGCCGUAUCUCCUCCGUGCCCACAGGCGAACGCAGUUUCCACGUACUCUACUAUCUUUUGGCCGGCACCAGCGCCGCUGAAAAGUCCCACCUUGGAUUUGAUAAUCCUAUUCAUAUUACCACCGGAGGAGGCGCAGUGAGCCAUAAGCGAUGGCGGUAUCUGGGUCACCCAACGCAGUUGAAGGUUGGAGUCAAUGAUAGCGAAGGUUUCCAGCACUUUAAAACCGCUCUCCGAAAGCUCGAGUUCUCUCGUGGUGAGAUUGCCGAGAUUUGCCAGAUUCUUGCUUCCAUCCUCCACAUUGGACAGUUAGAGUUCGUUUCCGGUCAAUCAACCACCACAUAUGCCGAAGAAAGCGGCGGUUAUUCCCACGAAGGUGGUGAGACUGUGACUGUAGUCAAGAACAAGGAUGUUCUUGACAAUGUGGCGGCAUUCCUGGGUCUCCCCGUUGAAGCGUUGGAGAAUAGCCUGGGUUACAAGACUAAAUCUAUCCAGCGUGAGCGUGUGACUGUCAUGCUGGAUCCGAAGGGUGCUCGACAGAAUGCCGAUGCGCUUGCACGCACCAUCUACUCGCUUUUGGUCACCUACGUGAUUGAAACCGUGAACCAGAAGAUCUGCGCCGCCGAGGAUAGUGUGGCCAAUACCGUUUCGAUCGUCGAUUUCCCCGGUUUCGCUCAAUCCCCAGCUACUGGCUCCACCCUGGAUCAACUUCUCAGCAAUGCGGCAACCGAGUCUUUGUACAACUACUGCCUGCAGUCUUUCUUUGAUCGUAAAGCCGAUGUAUUGGACCGCGAAGAGAUUUCGGUGGCUGCGACGAGCUACUUCGAUAACACCGACACCGUCCGCGGCCUUUUGAAGCAUGGCAAUGGAUUGCUGAGUAUUCUAGAUGACCAGACACGUCGCGGUCGUACCGACAGUCAGUUCUUGGAGAGCGUUCGGAGGCGAUUCGAGAACAAAAACCCGGCAAUCUCCGUGGGCAAUUCCAGCACGCCUGGCUAUAUGUCACAAUCCCGAAGUGCGUUCACCGUCAAACAUUUUGCGGGCGAAGUAGACUACUCUACUGCUGGUCUGCUUGAGGAGAACGGCGAGGUGAUCUCGGGGGACUUAAUGAACCUGAUGCAGUCUACCCGAAGUGAUUUUGUUCGCGAGCUAUUUGGCCAAGAAGCGUUGCAGACGACCUCCCACCCCCGGGAGAAGACAGCUAUCAUGCAAGCCCAGGUAUCUUCAAAGCCGCUCCGAAUGCCGAGUAUGGCUAGACGCAAGAUCAACCAACAGGCGCGUCUUGCGGCUGCGGAAAAUGUAUUUGGUGCCGACAAUGAAGAGGUCGGAGAUAACGACAGCCAAGAAACGAGUUCCAGGCGCGAUGCCUCCAGCCGAAGGAACGCACUUCUGAAUGGUCCAGCACAAGGAGCGGCUGGUCAGUUCUUAUCAGGACUGGAGAUUAUCAACAAAUGUCUGAGUGCACCAAAUCUGAACCCGUACUUUGUGAUAUGUCUUAAACCCAACGAUCGCCGCAUCGCAAAUCAAUUUGACAGCAAAUGCGUACGGAUGCAAGUCCAAACCUUUGGUGUCGCAGAGAUUAGCCAGCGGUUAAGAAAUUCGGACUUUAGCGUUUUUCUUCCAUUUGCCGAAUUCCUGGGCUUGGCUGAGAUUGGCAAUGUUGUUGUCGGAAGCGACAAAGAAAAGUCGGAAGUCAUAUUGGAUGAACGACGAUGGCCUGGCAAUGAGGCCCGUGUGGGCAGCACCGGUGUCUUCUUGAGUGAGCGAUGCUGGGCGGAUCUUGCUAAGGUCGGGGAACGUGUGGUCCCUUCGUUUAAGAUAGGUGGCCCCGAUGCAGGCGAGGGGGUCUACGCAGAUGCCAGUGGCAACCCGGACUCCAAGGUUCGUCUCCUCAACCCAGCCGACCAGUCUCCGGGUGCCUAUAUCUACGGAGACGAAGCAAAGCAAGGCUACUUUGGAAGCCGUGAAUUGGAUGGUCGUUCUGAAGCAGGCGGUUCGGCCUUCAAUGCUGGCGAUAUGUUCCGAAAUCUCGAGACCCGAGAGCAGAUGUUGCAAAAAGGUAACGAGAAGAACAUGGAGGAGGUGGACGACCUACCCGUCUCCGGCUCCCGCAAGCGUUGGAUGUUCCUCGUCUGGAUGCUCACCUUUUUCAUCCCUGACUUCCUCAUCAAGUGGCUUGGUCGUAUGAAACGCAAGGAAGUGCGCGUGGCCUGGCGCGAGAAAUUGGCCAUCAACAUGAUCAUCUGGUUCUGCUGCGGUUGUGCAGUCUUCAUGAUUGUUGGCUUCCCUGGAUUAAUUUGCCCCACACAACAUGUCUACUCCAAAGGAGAACUCUCAAGUCAUAAUGGUAAACAUGGUGCAACAUCAUACAUUGCCAUCUCGGGUGUUGUUUUCAAACUUGGCGAAUUCAUGCCCUCCCACUACCCUAGCAUCGUUCCGGAAAAAUCGCUCAAGGCUUACGCCGGCACCGACGCAAGCGAUCUCUUCCCAAUUCAGGUUUCAGCCUUGUGUCAAGGCGUGGACGGCACGGUGGACCCAAGUGUGCCAUUGGACUAUCGAUCAAACUUGAACACCAGCUCUUCUUCCACAUCUACAGCCACUGGCACGGAUGUCAACUCCAAGUACCACGACUUCCGCUACUGGGUGACAGGCGAUUACCGUCCGGAUUGGUACUACGAACAGAUGGUCAUGCUAAGAGCAAGUUACAAGACAGGUUAUGUCGGUUAUACCGCUAAAUACAUCAAGGAUCUGGCGGACAACGACGAAAAGAUGAUUGUGAGCAUGAACGGCAAAAUUUACGACAUGACCUACUACAUGGCAGGUCCUCGAGUUCCCCGCUUUCCUGAGGGCAAGAACAGAUCAACCAGUGAUAUCAAUACGGACUAUAUGAAUACUCUGAUCACUACUUUGAUUCAAGAGAAAUCGGGGUCCGAUAUCACGAAAUACUGGAACGACCUUGACUUCACCACUGAAAUGCGAGAUCGAAUGCAGUUGUGCAUGGACAACCUGUUCUUUGUCGGGCAUCUUGAUACUCGAAACUCCCCACAGUGUCAAUUUGCGCGUUAUUUCAUCCUGGCGAUCUCAAUCAUGAUUUGCGCAGUCAUCGUCUUCAAAUUUUGUGCUGCUUUGCAGUUUGGGAAGAAAAAUCUGCCCGAGAACUUGGACAAAUUCAUUAUUUGUCAAGUGCCGGCUUAUACAGAGGACGAGGAGUCGCUUCGUCGUGCCAUCGAUUCCAUGGCCCGUAUGAAAUACGAUGACAAGCGCAAACUGUUGCUGAUCAUCUGUGACGGUAUGAUUAUCGGUCAAGGCAACGAUAAGCCUACUCCUCGAAUCGUCCUAGAUAUUCUGGGUGUCCCUGAAAAUCUGGAUCCCGAGCCUCUCAGCUUCGACAGUCUGGGUGAGGGUAUGAAACAGCACAACAUGGGUAAGAUCUACUCUGGCCUCUACGAAGUCCAGGGUCACAUUGUUCCUUUCUUGGUCGUGGUCAAGGUCGGCAAACCCUCUGAGGUAUCCCGCCCUGGUAACCGUGGUAAGCGUGAUUCCCAGAUGGUGCUUAUGCGAUUCCUGAACCGGGUUCACUACAACCUACCCAUGAGUCCCAUGGAGCUUGAGAUGCAUCAUCAGAUCCGCAACAUCAUCGGAGUCAAUCCCACUUUCUACGAGUUUAUCCUACAAGUGGACGCUGAUACAGUUGUUGCACCCGAUGCUGCUACCCGAUUCGUUUCAUCUUUCUUAGCUGAUACUCGUCUCAUCGGUGUCUGUGGAGAGACUUCCUUGUCCAAUGCCAAAACAUCCAUGGUCACCAUGAUCCAGGUUUACGAGUACUACAUUUCUCAUAACUUGAUCAAGGCAUUCGAAAGUCUCUUUGGGUCCGUGACUUGUUUGCCGGGUUGUUUCACCAUGUACCGCGUACGCUCCUCAGAAAGUGGCAAACCGUUGUUCGUCAGCUCGGAGAUUAUCGAGGCCUACUCAGAGAUUCGUGUGGAUACCCUCCACAUGAAAAACCUGCUUCACCUAGGUGAGGAUCGAUACCUGACCACGCUACUGAUGAAGCACCAUCCCAAGUUUAAGACGAAGUACAUCUUCCGUGCCCACGCUUGGACCGUGGCUCCGGAGAGCUUUGCUGUCUUCUUGUCCCAGCGUCGCCGAUGGAUUAACUCAACUGUACACAACCUGAUUGAGCUAGUUCCGCUGCAACAGCUGUGUGGUUUCUGCUGUUUCAGUAUGCGGUUCAUCGUUUUCAUCGAUCUGCUGAGUACCGUUAUCCAACCCGUCACUGUCGCCUACAUCGUUUAUCUGAUUGUCUAUAUGGUCGAGGACACCUCGUCGAUCCCAUGGACAUCUUUCGUUCUCCUGGGUGUGAUUUACGGUCUACAGGCCCUCAUUUUCAUCCUCCGACGCAAAUGGGAGAUGAUUGGCUGGAUGCUCAUCUACAUCCUCGCCAUUCCCGUCUUCACCCUUGCUCUCCCUCUGUACUCUUUCUGGCACAUGGACGACUUCAGUUGGGGUAACACGCGUAUCAUCACAGGAGAAAAGGGUCGCAAGGUCAUCAUCUCCGACGAAGGCAAAUUCGACCCCGACUCCAUUCCAAAGAAGCGCUGGGAAGAUUACCAGGUCGAGUUGUGGGAGGCACAAACUUCGCGCGACGACCGCUCCGAGAUAUCGGGUAUUUCCUAUGGCACUAAGGCGCACGCCUUCCCGCCUCAUUCCGAAUAUGGAUUCCCCGGUUCCCGGCCUGUUUCCCAAAUGGAUCUGCCGCUACUUAACUCGGGAUCGCGUCUUUCCGUCGCGCCAUCUGAUAUGCUCAGUCGCCAUAUGGAUAUGGAUAUGGGCAUGGAGGAUUUGAGCCACCUGCCCAGCGACGAUGCUCUCUUGACUGAGAUCCGGGAGAUUCUGAGCACGGCAGAUCUGAUGAGCGUGACAAAGAAGAGUAUCAAGCAAGAGCUUGAGCGACGCUUCGGUGUUAACCUUGACCUCAAACGCCCGUACAUCAACUCUGCUACCGAAGCCGUCCUUUCAGGUCUUCUCUAA